AUGACUCUCCACAAUAACGACUCGUCCAGCACGGUCGACCUUGGUGAACCUGUCAACAGUAUCAGCGCCGCAAUGUGCGAGGAUACGACUCCACAGCCCUCUCCUGACCCCAAUGUCAAGAGCGACAAUGACAAUCAGGAGGGCAAGGCCGACACGACCACCGAUGCCAAACCCACCAUCGUCCUCGAGAUGGAGAUCGAAGAAAGCGAGGUCAAUGUCCUCGCUCCUCUCCCCAGUGGACAGAAGACGUUUCUCCUCUUCAUCUUUUGUCUCGCGGUCUUCAUUGACGUUGCCGGCACCUCUGCUGCAUUCAUUAUGACUGCCCCCAUUGCUGAACAGCUAGAACUGAAUGUCGCCAACUCCAUCUGGACCGUGUACAGCUAUUCACUCCCAUUCGCCUCCUGUCUGCUCUUCGCUGGAAGAGUGGCAGACCUCUACUCGCCGUCAAUGGUGUACAGCGUUGGCUUCCUCGGUAAUGGAAUCCUGAACCUUGUCCUAUCGUUCAUGAGUAACAAGUAUGCGUUUCUCGUCCUCAGAGGACUGUCUGCGCUCUUUUCCGUCUUUACCGUCCCUUCCUCGGUCAACAUGAUUGUUCAGAUGUACCCCGACCGCACCGAGCAGUCCAAGAAACUCGCCCUCUUUAGCCUGUCCGCUGCACUUGCCAACACUGUGGCAUUCGUAAUCGCCGGUGGUUUCCUCGCAGUUUCGUGGCGAUGGUAUUUCCGUUUCGUGGCGAUCCUCGUCAUUCCGCUGUCAUUCCUAACCCUCUGGAUUCUCCCGCGCGUCACUCCUGUCGUACGGCGUAUGCGAGGAGUGGACAGGUGGAAGCGCAUGGACAUCCUCGGAUCGGACCUACUUCUCGCCACUCUCGUCUUCUUCAUGUUGGCAUGGACCCAAGUCGAGACUGCUGGCUGGAGCAACGCGCUGUUCAUCGCGCCCCUCACCUUAUCGCUGUGCAUCCUCCCAUUCUUCUUCCUUUGGGAGAGCAAGCUACCCAUCGGGUUCUCUCUCUUGCCGCAUGACUUGUGGAGGUUUCCCAACAUUGGACCACUCGUUCUCGCUGCCCUUACCAUCUUCCUGUGGUACGCUCCUUACCAGCUCCGCAUGGCCACCUACUUCCAGCAAGUCCUGCACAACUCGCCCAUCAUUACGGGCGUCAAGAUCCUGCCCAUGGGCAUCACUGCCUGCCUGGUUGGUGCGCUCUCACAGCCGUUCCCUGUUCUCUUCCAGAAACCGAGGUACACCAUCCCCCUCGCCUCAGCUCUGUGCUUUGGCAGCGGCAUCCUGUUGGCAUAUUCGGGUGGCGGACACGGCAAGGACUAUUGGCGCUAUAUCUUCCCGAGCGAGAUUGUGGGCACCGUUGGCGCCAUGAUCAUCUUCGUCGUCAUCAACACCAACCUCAUCCAAACCUUCCCCACUGAAUUCGCCGGCGUGGCAGGAAGCUUUGUCCAAGUCCUGUUCCAAAUUGGCGCUGCGGUCGGCAACGCCGCCCAAGCCGGGUUUCUCAAGUCCAAUCCGAGUGGCACCUUGACCGACUGGACGGGUUCGCGCAACUCGUUCUUCUUCACCAGUGCCGUGAUCGCCGCGUCGGGUGUGGUGUUUGCCGUUACCUUUUGCCACGACAAGAUGCCAGUCCUCUUCCCGCCGGACGAGACGCAGACGGCGGAGACGCAGAGGGAGAACGGGGCGGAUCUCGAGGAUAGGUCCGGAAUUCCUGUUGCAGUGAAGGGUGAGGGUGAGUAA